GCGCCCCUGCGCCGCCUCGUCGCCUUCCCCUACGCGUCCCCGACCAGCACCAGCACCAGCACCAGCACCAGCACCGGCGGCGGCGAUCCUUCCCUCUCCAAUGGCGACUGUUCCAGUUAACCCGAAACCUUUCUUGAACAAUCUGACAGGGAAGCCUGUCAUCGUCAAACUUAAGUGGGGUAUGGAAUACAAAGGAUAUCUUGUUUCUGUGGACUCUUAUAUGAAUCUGCAGCUGGCUAAUACAGAGGAGUACAUUGAUGGUCAAUUCUCUGGAAACCUGGGAGAGAUACUGAUAAGAUGCAACAACGUUUUGUAUCUCAGAGGUGUUCCAGAGGAUACCGAGAUAGAGGAUGCAGAAUAAGAUAGCCUGAACCAUGCCCAGAUCGAUUGGUGUAAUAUGCUGAUGACAUGAACAAUUUAAAUAUCAUGUACAAUUGAUGCAAUUUCAAUUAUUGACCUGGAUCUUAAGUAUGGUCAUGCUAUGGUAAUAUUAGGCUUUGAAACUGAUCCACAUCUGCCAGUGUCAUUGUUGUGAAUGUGAGAGCAUAUUCGGAAGAAAAUCUCAUUUGCCUGUCGGGAUGCAUGAUGUAGAAGUACCUAAUAACAUGAUCUGAUUCUGUACGGGUUGUUCUUCGGCCUUAGAUAAGAUCAAAUAGAAUUUGAACUCGUGAUCCUUGUACCAAAUA